CAUGUUAAACGAAUUUAGUUUCACGUUGACUGUUCGAAAGCAAAAGAAACAGUAGUGCGUCUCGAAAAACAAUGUCUAUAAAGUACGAGUAUAUAGUUCCGAAAAGAAUAUCUACGGUGACUGCAUCGCCAGAACCGUCCUACAGACAAAGUCCUCCCGAAGAAUACGUUUAUGAUGACGAAAGUGACGAUGGAACCGAUGACGACGAGGACAGUGUGUACAUUAAACCGAGACGUCAACACUGGUCCAACAAAUUGCAGUUUGUGUUGGCCUGUGUGGGAUACAGUGUCGGAUUGGGUUCGAUAUGGAGGUUUCCCUACCUGUGUUAUAAAAGUGGAGGAGCUGUGUUUUUAAUUCCAUACGCAAUUAUUAUGGUGUUUAUCGGAGGACCAAUGUUGUAUAUGGAACUGGCAGUGGGGCAGUUUACCGGCCGAGGGCCUAUAGGAGCCCUGGGACAUCUUUGUCCCUUAUUUAAAGGUACUGGUUUAGGUAGCGUAGUUAUAUCCUUUCUAAUGUCGACGUAUUACAGCGUGAUUAUAGCGUACGGGGUGUACUAUUUCUUCACGUCGUUCCGCUCGAAACAGCCCUGGGACGAUUGCUCGCACCGCUGGAACACGCCCUACUGCUGGGUGCCGUCCAAAUCGGCAGAAAACGUCACCAAACCCAUCUACAGCCAGAGCCCAGCCGAAGAAUUUUACGAUCGCAAGGUGCUGCAAAUAGGGAAAGGCAUCGAGGAUUUCGAUAUCCUGAGAUGGGAGCUGGUGGCCUGUUUGAUCUGCGCCUGGGUUCUCAUCUACUUCGCCAUUUGGAAGAGCAUCAAAUCUUCGGCUAAAGUGCGCUACUUCACCGCCACGUUUCCCUUCGUCAUUAUAAUCGUGCUGCUGAUCAAGUCGCUGACGCUGGAGGGCGCAGACACAGGGAUGAGAUACUUUUUCAAACCAAAAUUCGAACUACUCUUAGAUGCAAAGGUGUGGGUAAACGCAGCUAGUCAAACGUUCAAUUCCAUGGGCUGUGCCUUUGGUUCCAUGAUCUCUUUCGCCAGCUACAACAAGUACAAUAACAGCAUUCUGCACGACACUAUAGCUGUUUGGUUGGUGAACGGCAUAACUAGCUUAUUAGUGGGUAUAUUCGCCUUUGCUACCAUCGGGAAUAUUGCCACCGAGCAAGGAACUUCCAUCGAGGACGUCAUAGACGACGGUCCUGGCCUUAUUUUUGUUGUUUACCCUCAAACGAUGGCCAAGAUGCCCUCGUCCCAACUGUGGGCCGUCUUUUUCUUCUUCAUGCUGAUCUGUCUCGCCCUCAACAGCCAAUUUGCCAUCGUCGAAGUGGUGGUCACCUCCAUCCAGGACGGCUUUCCCGGCUGGAUCAAGAAACACCUCAUGUGUCACGAAGUGCUGGUCCUCGUCAUCUGCGUCAUUUCGUUCCUUUGCGGCAUUCCCAACGUAACUCAAGGAGGAAUUUAUUUCUUUCAAUUGAUCGAUCACUACGCAGCUUCCAUAUCCAUAAUGUAUUUGGCCUUUUUCGAAGUGAUUGCAGUGGCGUGGUUCUACGGUGCCUUCAGGCUGUGUAAAAAUGUGAAAACUAUGACGGGUCGCCAUCCAGGAUGGUUUAUUAAGAUAUGUUGGCUGGUCGUAACUCCACUGAUGAUAUUCGCCUUGUGGGUGUUCCUUAUUUUGGACUAUGAGCCCCCGACUUACAACAAUGGCGCCUACCAUUAUCCGCCAUGGGCCAUAGCGCUGGGCUGGAUCAUCUGCUCACUUUCCAUAGUGUGUAUUCCAGUUUAUAUGGUCGUGGUAUUUUUGCGUACGCCUGGCGAAAAUUUAUUACAGAAACUGAAAAAUUCCAUUAAAUCCGAUUUAAUGGAUAAAUGUCCGAAAUGCGACGAACCCGAUUGUGACUGUGUCUUGAAAGAGGAAGAGUCCAGUCCAAUGUUGGUCAUGCAAGCCCAUCCAGAGAUAACUGGUGACAUACAGGCUGGAAUGCCAUUGUUUACGACAAUGUCCAACGCGAGAAGCCCAGAAGGCGACAGAAAGAACAGCAACAUCAGCCAGUACGAAAAUGUGAAUCACAACAACGUGACGAAUGGAACGGACAAUCAUAAAUAAAUUCAGAAGAAGCAAAAAAACUCGAAAACGAAUCUUUUAUAGUAAAGUACCAGUUUACUAUUAUUAUUGGUGUGAUAUGAAAAGUUAAAAAUCUCUUGACUUGGCAAGGACACUCUCCAACACAAUUUUAAUAAGCAUAACUUUAACAUAAGACAAAUAAUUAUUUUGAUAUUAGGAAUAAAGUGACGCGCUGCCCAGUUAGAAUAGUA